AAGGUAAACAAACCGCCUGUCUGUCUUCCUUUGCAGAUUAGGUAAGAGGAGGAGGACUUAACUAAUCCCCAAAACACUGAGGAAGAAGAAGGAGGAGGAAUUAAGAAGAGGAGAAGGACUGACGAAGGGAUACAAAGCGAUAUACAGUAGAUAAAAAGAUAAAUAAGAGGAGGAGGAAGACCUACGGAGGGAUACAAAGCAAUAUAGAUAAAAAAAUGUUAAGGACGCUGCCUGUGCUUAAUAAAUGUGGCACUGUGAAAAGCCUGCUGCUUCUCCCUCGUGUUGUCACUCUGAAGAGACACAACUUGCUCUGCAGCACAACAGUAAAGGAACAGGCACAGAAUGAAAGAAGGAUUCCCAUAAAAGAGCCAACGACCAGCGACAGCGACUCCAGCUCUUCCAGCUCCGACAGUUCAGACUCUGACGGGCCCAGCGGCUACAGCAGGAAUGGGAGGACCACUUAUAAUGAGGAGGAAGUGGCUAAGUUCCGCUCGAUGGCUGACUCCUGGUGGGAUCCUUAUGGGGACUGCAAGCCUCUCCAUUCUCUUAACAAGUUGAGAGUAGCAUUGGUUCGUGAAGGUUUAGUAAACAGUGAAGUGAGCCAAGCGGAGCAUAUCAGUGGCCCCAGACCACUGACAGGGAUUAAGAUACUUGACGUGGGCUGUGGGGGAGGAAUACUGUGUGAGCCUCUCGCCAGGUUAGGGGCUAAAGUGACAGGACUGGAUGCUGCUGAGGAGAACACGAGGGUUGCCACACUGCAUGCCUCCCAAGACCCGCGAGUGAAGGAAAACGUUACAUACCUACACGGGACAGUAGAGGAGCACAUUCAAGACGUCGGGUGCGCAUAUGACGCAGUGGUGGCAUCUGAGGUACUGGAGCACGUCGAUAACACGGACCUCUUCAUCUACACGUGUGCGGAAGCCAUUAGGCCUGGUGGAUCACUGUUCUUGACAACAAUCAACAAAACCACCAGUGCCUGGCUGGGGGCCAUCGCCAUCGCCGAGCACACGCUGCGCCUGCUACCCCCGGGAACACACGACUGGAAUAAGUUCAUUCCCCGGCAGGAGCUACUCUUCCACCUUGAAAAAAGUGGCUUUGUGACAAGAACUGUUCAUGGCAUGGGCUACAACCCACUGAUUAACGAGUGGUUCUGGCUCUCAAACACGUCAAUAAAUUAUGCAGUCCAUGCCAUCAAAGAAGGUAAUUAGCACUAUGCAGCUUUGUAAAGUUCUGAAUUUACAUAGUUAGUGAAUUUCAGUAAUGCUUCAAUGUGUCAUCAUGUAGCUUGUCCAUGCCAUCCCCAUCAAUACUGGCAGGCCAAGGAGCGUAGAUUGUAGUCACCUGUUUACUGAAAAUAAUAAGUCGGCUGCCAAGAAGUCUGCUACUCAUAAUGAUCUUAAGCUUGCCAAAGAGGAUACUAAGAUUACAAUAUUCAAAUGAGUCUUUAUUAAAAGUCAUCCAUCACUCACAUCAGUGGAAUAUUUCUCAGUAUUGUUAUUAUGUAAAUGUUGUGUAAAUGUUUCCUUACA